AGUUAUCGCGAGAUGUAGAGUUGCCGUGGCCUCCAGAGAGGGGCGGAGGUGCAGAGAUACACCACGUGGGGAAUUACUCUCGGCGCUGAAUCUCCUGCCAGCGUCCAGUUUGGAUCUAGGUGGAAGUUGGAACCGUGGAGAUGCGGAAGGAAACCCCGCCCCCCCUAGUACCCCCAGCAGUCCGCGAGUGGAACCUUCCCCCUAAUGCGCCCGCCUGUAUGGAACGGCAGUUGGAAGCUUCGCGGUACCGGUCCGAUGGGGCGCUUCUGCUCGGGGCCUCCAGCCUGAGUGGCCGCUGCUGGGCCGGCUCCCUCUGGCUUUUUAAGGACCCUUGUGCCGCCCCCAACGAAGGCUUCUGCUCCGCUGGAGUCCAGACGGAGGCCGGAGUGGCGGACCUCACUUGGGUAGGGGACAGAGGUAUCCUAGUGGCUUCCGAUUCAGGUGCUGUUGAAUUGUGGGAGCUGGAUGAGAAUGAGACACUUAUUGUCAGCAAGUUCUGCAAGUAUGAGCAUGAUGAUAUUGUGUCUACAGUCAGUGUCCUGAGCUCUGGUACACAAGCUGUCAGCGGUAGCAAAGACUUUUGCAUCAAGGUUUGGGACCUUGUUCAGCAGAUGGUAUUAAAUUCAUAUCGAGCUCAUGCUGGCCAGGUCACCUGUGUUGCCGCCUCUCCUCACAAGGACUCUGUGUUUCUUUCAUGCAGUGAGGACAAUAGAAUUUUACUCUGGGAUACCCGCUGUCCUAAGCCAGCAUCACAGAUGGGCUGCAAUGCCUCUGGCUACCUUCCUACUUCACUGGCUUGGCAUCCUCAGCAAAGUGAAGUCUUUGUCUUUGGUAAUGAGAAUGGGACUGUCUCCCUUGUGGACACCAAGAGUGCAAGCUGUGCCCUCAGCUCAACUGUACAUUCCCAGUGUGUUACUGGGCUAGUGUUCUCCCCACACAGUAUUCCCUUCCUGGCCUCUCUCAGUGAAGACUGCUCACUUGCUGUGCUGGACUCAAACCUUUCCGAGGUGUUUAGAAGCCGAGCCCACAGAGACUUUGUGAGAGAUGCUACUUGGUCCCCACUCAAUCACUCUCUCCUUACCACGGUGGGCUGGGACCAUCAGGUCAUCCACCAUAUUGUGCCCACAGAACCUCUCCCAGCCCCUGGACCUGAGAGUGUUGCUGAGUAGAUUGGAUUUAAGACAAAAAGCAAGUCCCCCUUGAGUAUCCACUUCUUUGCCCCUGCAUCCUCAGCUUGUGAGACACGCAGGAACCUUCUACAGUAUGUUGAUACACUAGAUCUGUGCAGUUGCAAUAGGCAUUGUCUCCCAGCCCAAGGAAGGCUGGAUUCUGGGAUCCUGUAGUCAAGAGUGGAAAAACUUUCUUAAAAAUGGAUAUGUAUGUAUGUCUGAGUGUGUGUAUAGAUCUGUGGUUAUUGGUGGGAGGGGAAUAAAUAUAUCCAACCCACAUAUUCCCUAAGCACUGCCCCACCUUCUUGCCAAAAAAAUUGAUAAAAGUGUUUUAUGCUUCCCA